GCGCGCCGCCGCCGCCGCCGCCGCCGCCGCCACAGCCUGCUGCUCCGCCCGCGCCGCCUGCUCCCAGCGCUCGGCCCCAGCACGUCGGCUCCUGAGCUGCUAUGGGCGGCGCGGGGCCCGCAGUGUAGAGUCCGCCAGCCCCGGACCCGCGUCCCGCACCCUGACGGUCCCGAGCCAUGGGGGUGUUGAUGUCCAAGCGACAGACAGUGGAGCAGGUGCAGAAGGUGAGCCUGGCUGUGUCUGCUUUCAAGGAUGGGCUGCGGGACAGGCCUUCCAUCCGACGCACAGGUGAGGUUCCAGGGUCCCGCCGUGGCACAGUAGAGGGCUCUGUCCAGGAAGUUCAGGAGGAGAAAGAAGCAGAGGCAAGCAUCCUAGCACUCCAAGAAGAGAGCAGUGUCAACCGUGCUGCCUGGGAGAGGCUCCGGGACGGGCGUGGAGUAGAGCCUGAGGAGUUUGACGGGACCAGUCGUUUCACACCCCCUGCCUUCAUCCGCCCCACUCGGAAGCUGGAUGAUGACAAGACUCCAGAUAUCUGCUUGGAGCCCAGAGAGCCUGUUGUCAACGAUGAGAUGUGCGACGUCUGUGAGGUCUGGACGGCUGAGAGCCUCCUCCCGUGCAGGGUCUGCACCAGGGUUUUUCAUGAUGGCUGCCUGCGCCGCAUGGGCUACAUCCAAGGAGACAGCGCUGCGGAGGUGACAGAGAUGGCACACACAGAGACAGGCUGGAGCUGCCACUAUUGUGACAACCUCAACUUGCUGCUAACUGAGGAGGAAAUGUAUAGCCUGACAGAGACAUUUCAGCAGUGUAAAGUCAUCCCUGAUUGCUCCCUGACACUGGAGGACUUCCUGCGCUACCGCCACCAAGCAGCGAAGCGGGGGGACAGUGACAGGGCUCUCAGUGAGGAGCAAGAGGAGCAGGCAGCUCGUCAGUUUGCAGCCCUGGACCCUGAACACCGAGGACACAUAGAGUGGCCUGACUUCUUGUCCCAUGAGUCCCUCCUACUUCUGCAGCAAUUGCGUCCCCAGAACUCUCUGUUAAGGCUUCUGACCGUCAAGGAGCGUGAGCGAGCCCGAGCCACCUUCCUGGCCCGGGGCAGUGGGAGCUCUAUCAGUGAGGCAGAGUGCCGUCGUGCCCAGCACUCUUGGUUCUGCAAACGCCUUGCAGAGGCUCCUUCCUGCAGUGUCAGUGUCAGCCAUGUGGGUCCCAUAGCAGAUAGCAGCCCAGCCGGCAGCAUUGGCAAGAGUCAGGACAAGGCCGUGCUGCCCACAGAGCCUGAGUCCAGAUUUGUGGACUGGCCUACCUUCCUGCAGGAGAAUGUCAUCUACAUCUUGGCUGCUCGCCCCAACAGUGCCGCCAUCCACCUGAAACCCCCAGGAUAGCAUGGAGCAGAGAAGCUCAGUUCAGGGACAGUGGCAUUCUCCCCUCCUUUCCUUUCUCCCUUCCCCCCACCAACCUCUGGUACUGAGACUUAUGAGGAUAGAGCACUGCCCACAUCUCAAAUUGUCACUAAGCUUUAUGCCACUGAAAUCAGCAUUCCCCUCACAACAGAGGCAGUAAAUGCAUUGUCACAGGGAGAAGCCCUGGGAGCUGUGGCAGCAUCCAUUCCUAGACCACCUCCUGCCCUCACCCUGUAGACUGGGCCUGCCACUGCACGUGUAUAUGCGUGUGUGUGCGUGCGCAUAUACACAUACACACAUCCCCCUAGCUGUCCAUGCCUUCAGAGACCUGGUUCUUUUUCAUUGUAAAAGAGCCAAAGUUCUUUUGUGAAACCCCUAAUAUUGUUGAGGGGGGUCUCUUCCCCUUCAUUCUUAAUAAGAGGGAAUAUCAGACUCACAUGCUCUCCUAGAGACGCCAACAGGCUCCCGCUUUGCACACUGUGAGCCACUGUUCUGGUAGGUGUAUGCUAUGUCCUCAGUGUGUUGAGGUGGGGAAAUUAUUUAAAACCACCACUUCAGCCCAUUUAUUUAAAUUCCAGUUGCUGAUGGCAGAGAAGGCACCGGGUGUGGGGAGUCCUACUUAAAAAAGGGGGAGGCAACCCCUCCCAGGGGCCCAGAAUUCUAGGAACCUCUGAGCCAGAUCAUUCAAGUCCAAGUCUUUAUUUAGCAGAAUAGUCAAAAACCAAGGUGAGUCAUCCUGGCCCCUGUUUUUCAGACAGGCGUUCAUGCCCCAGAGCCCAAGGGGCCUGAAUGGAACAGGUAUAGUGGCAGGGGUCACAGCCCUCUGGGUUAGGGGCUUCACCUAGGUCAGCUAUCACACAGACCCAAUGCCUGAGCUCCAGUGAGAACAAGGUCUGGAUGGACGAGGAAAGAAGGCCCGUGCUUUUCCAUCCUUCCAGCUCAACUCAGCUGUAGACCUAGAAAAGUAUGCCAUGGUAUGGAGUACAGAGCCAGCUUCUUCUGCCACCCAAGAAAGAGCAACUCCACCAAAGCCCUAAGCAGGGACUCUUUUCAACCACCUGACAAUGAGGAUUAGAGGCUGGAGCUAAGAAGAGGAUUUGCAUCUCAGUUCUCUUGAGCACAGAAAGUCUCAGCAAAGCCUCAUAGAAGAAGGAGGUGUUCCCUUCUCUUCAUUACUGAGAUAUGGCCUGAGUUGCUGCUUCUCCCCACUGCUCACUACACAUCCUUCCCCACCAGCCUAGGGUCUGGGCCUGGCAUGGGAUGACUCUAGGGCCAAGAAGAGGCUGCCGCAAGACCAUCAAGCCCCAGCUGUCCUUCCUAAGUUCUCAAUAAGCUCACUGAAUCUUGCAGGUCAGCCCUGGCCCUUGGGAUCAAGUUUCUGUUUCCAACCUAAUGACAGGUUUAGCCAGGUCUGACUACCAAGAAUUAUUCAAGAGGUGGUUGGCUCAGUCAAGUGGGAGCUAACAUAUCCCCAUUGCUCAAGGCACUUCUACAGAAGAAGCAGCAUACAGCUCAGUGUUGCUCAGAGGAAAGGAGGGAGCUAUAACCAAGGGCAUGAUAAGAGCACUAUAUGGCCUUCUCCUAUAGAGACUGCCUGACCUAGAAGCCAAGUGAGAAACCUCUUGGGUUGGAUGAUUUCAGACUGAAAUGAAGUAGAGAGAAGAUGAGUCUGGGUUAAUGUGUAUGGCUCUGAACAUUUAAAAGCCCACUCUUUUAAAUACUUACUUCUUAGCUAUACUCCCAAGACUAAUCAGUAGGAGGGGGCAUUAUUCAGUUUAGCCAAAAAAAAAAAAAAAAAGGAAGCACAUGACUCUUGGACCUAGGGUCUGUAUGUCAAGCAGCCUGGCCUGGCAUUUUGGUUUUGCACUAAGAAAAUUAAAGCACAUUAAGCACAGGGACUUUUGAUUACUUUCCUGGCAAAUCACCUUCUGUGCCAAUGGCCUUGGGCUGCUUGAUCUCCCAGACAAGGCAUUUUGAGUAGAAACAAGCUCUGGGCUUUGAGAGCUAAACAGGUUUUUUUUCCUACGUCAUCAUCAGUCACAAGGACUGGAAAUUAGUCGUCUUCUCUAAUCCUUCACAAACAAACAUGAUGCAUACUUCUCUGGAGCUGCAGCUUCUAGCUUUCUUUGGGUGAGUGGUAAAGACUGUGGCCAGAUCAGGCCGGUUAUAUCCCAGGGUCUGGCAAAGCAGGCCCCAGAGUGCUUCCACAACAGGAUCAGGCCCAUUUUGGAUCACCCAUCUCCCUCUAUGCCAGGACAGCAAGCUUCCUUGGUGGUGGUGUGCUGCUUAGUGUCCAGGGGAUACUGCCCCCAGCAAAGGAUAGCAUUCCUAGUCCACAAGAGUCCUAAGAAGCAGAAAAGCAUGGAGAAACAACCAGCCUCUUCUUUGUGGGCAUCUAGCUUUUACCAAAGGAGAGGUUCCAUUGCUCCCCAAGUCCAGAGUUGCAGAGGCUCCACCGCAACCCCCCCUUCUGAGAUCUCCCUUUGCAGAAUCCUAAUCCAUGGACCCCCUCAGCAGUAUAUAUGGUUAUGUUCAAACUUCUAAUAACCUAGUAAAGCCCAUUCCCUUUCCUUUUCAAACUCUUUCAUCAUUGUGACUGUCUGAAAUUCUGCCACGUACAGAAAUUAGUGUCUCACUCCAAUAAGUGUAUGAGAAAAACAUUUCAAUCUUCUUGGCUGCCCAAAAUUUCAGAGAUCAGUUCUUUUCCCAAACCACCCACCCUACUCCCAUCUAAGGGAGGCUCAGGUUACAUAGAUGCUCCUCUGAAGAUUAUUUUCCCUAAGUCUGUUUUUCACCCAGUGGUCCUCUUCUCCGUGCUCAGAUUUAAAGACAGGGUGUCUGGAUGACACAGUGGAACUGCAAGGACAGAGGGUCAGCUGAGGCAAUAGCUGUGGCCAUGCAGUCUCUUCAGGUCUGCUCCAUGGCUUCCUCUCCUGAGACCAGCAUUCCAAUAGAUGUAGGCUCUGCACUUCUGAGCAAUGGCCCCUUUGAUCCCAGAGAUGGAGCCGUUCCUUUGUUCCUAGUUACUGGCCCCUUUCAAAUACUCUUCCUUUGAGGAUAGCCAUGAAUGAAGCCACCCAUGAGCACGUUGCCUCUUUCUGUCCUCAGCCUAAGCAUCUGAGGCUACAGAGCAGACACUGGCCUUUCUGGCCCUGGUGCUCCCUAUGGGAUGUCACCUUGGCCUUGUUUGAGUAGACAGAUCUGGAAUUUCCCCAUUCCUAUCAACAAUAUGGAAAGCUCAGAGUCAAACUGCCUGGGAAGAGGGCCCCUUACUGGGGAGGUGGACUGGGGAUAGAGCCUCAGCCUCAACCAUUGCAGGUCUCGUGGCUUCAGUAAGAGUGCUGCCAAGAUGCCCUAAAUGCAAGAGGGAAGCUCAGCAGAAAAAUGUCUGGCAGGGCUCCAGGCCAGCCAUGACUAACAGGACCAAGAGUAACCUCUAGGCAGGACUGGUAGCAGGUUCUAGUGAUCCUGCAGGCAUGUCCCCUUCAAACCAUCAGGGUAAACGCAAAUGUAUAUUUGAUGUUUAAAAGACAGAAUAAUAUCGAUGCCAGAAUUUCUGGACAUCCAAGCAGCACCUGUAAUCAUAACCCCUAUUUAUCCUUUAUUUACAAUAGAAUAAAAUUGCUUUCUCCAUGUCACUUAGUUCAUACCCAGGAUUUCUUUCUGGGCCCUGAGCUGUAGCCCAGACAAGAGAGGUCUCGAGUAGAGAAUAUUAAUGCAUCAUGCCUCUUCCUGACAGCUCACCUUGGAGUGGGGUGGGACUGAGCAUUUUCUCUGCUGUUGUUUUCCUGCUGCCUCUGCUUUUGGCAACUUUGAAAGAAAAUGAACAGUUUACCGGAUAUCCAACAGACCCAAACUAACACUAAGGAAAACCUUUUUACCUCUGGGUCACAUGCCCCAGUAAUGGAGACCCAGAUAAUGGAGAGGGUGUCAGCUCUGCUCAGGCCAGGGACUAAGAAGCCCAAUCACAUUCCAGUUUGUAUAGCAUGGGUUGGCAUGACCACAGAUAAGAACAGCGAGGUGUAAGUAACAAGGGCUUUCCGUAUAUAUGGUGAAACAAAGGCCUUCAAGCCUAGCCUCCUGUAAGAGAUGGCUUCUUGGUCUGUCUCCCAGCCAAACACAGGCCUGUGAGGAGGGCUCUGAGAGCACUUAAGUAACAAUAAGGAUCUAAUGGCUUCUGGUCCCUCCCUUCCUAUGUGCUUUUCUGCAGAAGGUAACUUGACAGUAAGCUCAGGGGAAUAUCCCCAAGCUUGAUCUGUCUUCCCACUACUACAGCUGCAUGUUCUUCCCCAUGGUUCAGCCUUCACUCCAGAAGGAGCUGAUGCUCCCAGAGGCUGGGCAUAGUGGAAAUUACAAUAAAAAAAAUUGUGAUGCUG